AUGGCGACACAAGAAGAGAGCCAGAUGAACCACUGUAAAGAAUUCUUGCAGAAGUUUGAAAGAUGGGCAGAUCCGACCUGGGGCUUCUUCGUUUACGGCACCUAUACGCGCACACAAGGCCAGGAAGUCUCGAACGAAGAUACAGAUAAGGAAGACAGAGCAGAUGCGACCGAUGAUGAUGCCCACUUCCAAGCAGUGAUCCGCAAAGUCUACGCCCACGCAACAGAUAACCUGCGUUACAGCAACCCCGCGCCAUACAACCAAAAGAUGAUAGACAUCUUACGUCUUGAGCCUGCUGCUUAUAUGCCUGGCGCGUCGCUCGACGUCGUCUGCAGGCAUUUCCGCCAGCAUUAUGCUCAAAAGGUCUUCCCGGAGACAAUGGGUGAACCUGGGCCUCCUGCAAUACAGGACGACAUUCCCGAUGAGGAGAAACUCGGUCCAAAGUGGGCCUGGUGUAUAGUCAUCGAUGAUGAAGCUCUUGAGAGUCUGGAGAACGGCCCCGAACCCGUAGGAGAUGCGCCGCCGGAAGGCGUAAAUCCUCUCAAACUAGCAUACAAUGCUAAAGAAGCAUUUGUAAAGUUACUAUCUGGGAUGAAGACGACAAUGGAGGGGCCUGAAGUGAUCGCUGCGGCAGGUCGUCCAGGUAGUGGAUGUCCUCAAACAGUGUGGAAUGGAUGGCUUAAGUUCUCGCCUGUGGAUCUUAUGGGUGUUUGGAUUCAGGCGGAGAGCAACGGUAUCAUUGAUCAGUUUUACGGGGAGGAUAAGCUUUUCGACUGGCAACCAUCCUUCGUUCCCAAAAAAAAAGCCGAUAUAUCCGCACUCACCUACAUCAUCAUGUCCCACGAAGAUUUCGGCGAAGUACGCAUCCCAGUCAGCGAACUCAACCUUGCAAGUUUCCUCCGCAACCAGAUCGACCUUGAGGCUCCAUCAGAAGAAGCGCAGACGGUAUCGAAGCUCGUUGCCAGACUGCGAGAUGUAAAGGCUACCGAUGAUGACGACAGUGACGGUGGCGAUGGCGUUUUGGUCCACAUCCUAAGCUUUACAGUCCUUGGUGAUCAGAGCGGGGAGCUGGUUCCAGAAGGUCGCAUGCUACUGUGGAAGUGGGCUAAGCCUCAAAGCCAGUAUCGGAAGACAGGCUUCUGGGGCCAUAGCUUGACACAGGUCCUGGUCGAUGCCGAAUGGAAUACUGGUAAAGAUGUCACGAUGUACGUGAAGGCUGUUGAAGAGGAGGAGUAUGAGAGAGUGUUGAAAGGUGAGAUGAAGACAUAA